UUUUCCAUGAUGUCUGAAGCCAUCGUAACCUUCCAGUCUCAGCUCUCCGGAGUCAUGGAGACGGUAUUCAAGGCUGCUAUGUACGAGAUCACCAGGCUGGUGGAGGAUAGCUUCCUCAAGGAGGUUUCCCGGAGCCGGGAGCAGGUCGAGUCACUGAAGAAGCGGCUGCAGUGGUCGGAGAACAGACGCAGGGAUAGGGACAGAGAGGUAGGCCGGAGGGGGAAGUGUGCGGACUGUGGGAGAGCCGACGAAGAAGCCGAGGAGAGAAGCUCUGGAACCUCACAGACAGGUGUGGAGAGGGGGCGUGGCCUGAAGCAGGAGAAGGUACAAGGGGAGGAGUGGAGCAGCUGUGGGGGCGUGGCCAGGGAAACAACCUUCAAUGAUCUGGAGGAGGCUGAGGCCACCAGCCCUAAGAGAACCUCUGAGGUAGGUAGGGGACUGACUAAACACAUGGAGGCUGAGGCCACCAGCCCUAAGAGAACCUCUGAGGUAGGUAGGGGACUGACUAAACACAUGGAGGCUGAGGCCACCAGCCCUAAGAGAACCUCUGAGGUAGGUAGGGGACUGACUAAACACAUGGAGGCUGAGGACACCAGCCCUAAGAGAACCUCUGAGGUAGGUAGGGGACUGACUAAACACAUGGAGGCUGAGGCCACCAGCCCUAAGAGAACCUCUGAGUCCACAGAGGUCGGAGGUCAGAAGCUGGACAGCCUGCUGAAAGAGGAGGCUCUCCACAACACUGAGCUACAGGAGAGAUGGGAGUUCUGCCUGGAUGGGGCUGAUGGUUCAGACGUCUCGGGGCCCAGUAAGAGUUUUAUUCAGCAGGAUCUACAGCGGUGCCAGGAUGACUGGGGGUCCGCUCUAGACCAGGGACCUGAACCACCGGGCCCCGAGGGAGAGGCAGAGGACCACACCGACCCUCUCUACCGCCCUCGUUACAGCAUGGAGGACCUUGGGGGCGCCUUUGAGAAGUCUGGUUACAGUGGUGAUGGUGGUAGCGACCAUCUUCUAGACAUGGAAGGGCUGGAUAGGCUUCCUGGUUCUCCGUCUCGUCUGGGGGCGCUGAGCUACGGAGCUGCGGGUCACUACCAAGUGAACCUGGGGGGGUCUGAGGGGGGAGACCAUCACCAUCGCUCCCACAUGCCUCGCCCCCAUCAGAGCCGGAGGGAGCAGGUGGGGUCGCCAACGCCAUCCCCCCACCCUGAGGUGGGAGACCGGAACUGCCUGUUGAUAAACGAGGAGGGGUACCUGCAGGACUCCAGUGUCUUGUACCCUGAACACGCUGUGCCGGAGUCGGGUAACAGAGCUGGCCACAGGGGGCUAACCUCCAUCCACUCUGGAAGCUCUGCCCACAACAACACAGAGAGCCUGUAUGGUGCUGCUGGCAACUUUGGACACUCUUUAAACCUCAGCGAUCAUUCACAAGAACAGGUAAAAGGAGGAGGGGGGAGGCGUCAUGCCUGCAAUCAAUGUACCAUGACCUUCCCAGACUUUGGUUCCCUCAAGUCCCACAAGCAGACACACAAAACUGGUAGAGAGUCAGGAUCUGGGCCUCCAUACUCCUGCACCCAGUGCGGUAAGACCUUCACCCAGGCCUGCAACCUCAAGGUCCACCAGCGGGUUCACCAGGCAGAGGGACUCCACCUCUGCAGCCACUGCGGCAAGGGCUUCACCUCCUUCUCCGACCUGAAGAGGCACAAGUGCAGCCAGACGACAGACAAGCCCUACUGCUGCUCCAUCUGUGGGAACAAAUUCAGUCGGCUCUGGAACCUCAAGUUGCAUCAGCGCAUUCACACGCAGGAGAAACCCCACCGCUGCACUAUGUGUGACAAGAGCUUCACACGCGCAGACAUUUUGAAAGUGCACCUGCGCAUCCACACCGGGGAGAGACCGUACUGCUGCGCUGUGUGUGGACUCCGCUUCAAACGACUGGACCAUCUGAAGUUGCACCAGCGCAAACACAGGCCGGAACUCCUGAACUGAAUUUUUUAAAACAUUUUUGUUCCUUAGCAUAUGCUUUUAUCCAAAGCGACUUACUUUUAGUGCAUUCAUCUUAUGAUAGGUUGGUUCGUUAUUAUUUUAUUGGACACUGAGAAAAAAAAUGUUUUUGAUCAAUUGUUUAUUAAUAAGGACAUUGAAAAUAUGAGCUGUUGGAAAUCUAACCAUGUGUUGAAUAAGAAUGUAUGCCUUAAAUUAUAGACUGUCUGUGAAUUGUCUGUCAUAAUGACCAUGCCAACCUACCAAACAUUAGAAUAAUACUGCUUUCAUGACAAGUCUGCACUGGUGUAAAUUACUUAAGGAAAAAUACUUUAAAGUACUACAAAAGUAGUUUUUUGGUGUAUCUGUACUUCACUAUUAUUUUUUUUACAACUUUUACUUCACUACAUUCUUAAAGAAAAUAAUGUACUUUUUACUCCAUACAUUUUCCCUGACAUGCAAAAUUACCAAAAGUUACAUUUUGACAGGAAAAUGGUCCAAUUCACGCACUUAUCAAGAGAACAUCCCUGGUCAUCCCUACUGCCUCUGAUCUGACGGACUCACUGAACACAAAUGCUUUGUUCUCUAAUUAAUGGCAGAGUGUUGUAGUGUGCCCCUGGCUAUCUGUAAAAAAAAAAAUACUACUAAUAAUAAUAGUUGUGCUGUCUGCAAAAUAUAAGGUAUUUUAAAUUAUUCAUACUUUUACUUUUGAUACUUAAUUACAUUUGAGCAAUUCCGUUUACUUUUAAUACUUAAGUAUAUUUAAAACCAAAUACUUUUAGACUUUUACUCAAGUAGCAUUUUACUGGGUGACUUUCAGUUUUACUUGAGUCAUUUUCUAUUAAAGGUAUCUUUACUUUUACUCAAGUAUGACUUUUGAGUACUUUUUCCACCACUGCAAGUCGGAAACUGGCAACCUCAGAGGUAAAAUUAAGUUAUUUGCAUAGAGCUUCCUAUUGGUUGAUUUUGAUACUUUCCAAGUGGGAAACUUGGGUAUUAUCUUUCUACAACGAGUUCCAAGUUGUACAUUUCUGAGUUUCUUAGUUCCGACUUGUCAUGAAUGCAGCAUAUGCCUCAUAUUUUCUGUUCAUCAAGCUUGCUUUCUACCCCAGUCACUAACCAUACUGUAACCAUGCAUUUUCUUCCUGUACAUAAUACUUUGUUAACUGAAUGAAUUGAACCUGAAUUGCCGUAAUUGUCUUUUAUGUACAAUAAAUAUUUUGCUCCCA